AUGUCCUCCUCCAUAUACAACCACAAGCACCUCCAACCCACAGGUGCUGCCACCCAGGGCCCCUCGGGCCUCCAACACAGCCAUGUCAAGCUCAACGAGUGCUUCGACACCAUCAAGCAGGAGUUUGAUGCAGUGGCGCACGAACUCGGUCACCUGCGGGGUCAGAGGGACGACUUGGACAGCAAAGUCAAUGGCCAAGUGAACGAACUCAACAUCAUUCGGCAGUCGCUCUACGAGCUCGAAGCUCAGCACAGCAAGAUCCGCGUUCAGUACGAACAAGAAAUUGCAGCACUUCGUGGCGAGCUCCAUGCCCUACGCUCCCAGGGUCGUGAACGUGAAGUCCUCGGGCUGGCCUCUCUCGGACGCGAUCGUGACCCCGCGCUGCGCGGCGAACCUCCCCUCCGCGGAGAACCCCCUCUCCGUAGCGAACCCUCCAUGCGUGGCGAACCUUCUCGCGAUCGCGAUCGGCCCGGUCCUGCGUCGGGCAUGCCUAUCAGAGGCGAUGCCAUGGGGCGUGACGGCUUGGGCAUGGGGCGACCCAGCGCAGUCCAGGGUGCAGGCGAGGGCUUGCCGCUCACCCCUGUCGGGCUGGGUAUGGGCGCGGGCCCCGGUGGUGGCGGUGGCGUGUACGACCCAUUUUAUGGACGACAAGACAGGGAACGCGAGCGAGGAGGGAUUGUGCUCAAUGACAGAGAUCGAGGCAUGAUGAACGAACGCGAGCGGAUAGAGCGAGACAGGAUGGAGCGGGAGAGGGAGCGGGAGCGCGAUCGAGAGCGAGUCGAACGCGACUCAAGGGACGUGAAGCGCGUCAAGACAGAACAACGUGUGAAGAACGAUCGCGGAGGUAAGCCACUUUCCCGCUCCUCCUUUCUCCUCUCUCUGCCGAGCACUCGAGAUAUUCAUGUUUCGUUCGUUCUCUCCUUGUGCACGCCCGCCUUGCUGCUCGUCCACGUGACCUGGCCUUCCCAUCCCUUCUCGCCCUCCAUGAACCACCCGAGCGCGCACCCACCGCAUUCGCACCAGAGUAUCUCCCUCGGCCCUGCUGUUCCUCCCUCGGGCCCUCAGUCGACGCCGGGGUCCGGCCCAAACGUUAACCCACUCGCCACGCCGACCUCCGCGAAUCCCAACCCCCCUGGGCCAAACAGCCAAAACGGCAUGAACGCGAGCGUCAACGGCCGAGAUCCAGGAGCAAGCAACGCGAACACUGGUGCCACGCCGAAGCUUCCCCCAGCGCCCGCCGCAUCGAUGCAGGUUGAUUUGAGCAUGGAUCCGAUGGCCGUCCCCGCCGAUCUCAAGAAGGAAGGCACCGAUUGGUUCGCUAUCUUUAACGCCAACGCGGGCAAGGAGGGCAAGAAACGGGCACUGGACGUCAGUCUCCAGCACACACUGAUGCACGAGAGCGUUGUAUGCUGUGUCCGCUUCUCAGCAGACGGAAAGUUCCUUGCUACGGGAUGCAAUCGGACCGCACAGAUUUACGACACGAAGACGGGCCUCAAAACAUGUGUUCUCGUCGACGAGCAGGCCAGCAAGACGGGUGAUCUGUACAUUCGCAGCGUGUGCUUCAGUCCUGAUGGCAAGUUGCUCGCCACGGGUGCGGAAGAUAAACAGAUUAGGAUCUGGGACAUCGCCACCAAACGGAUACGCAACGUCUUCGACGGCCAUCAGCAGGAGAUCUACUCGUUGGACUUCUCCAAGGACGGACGACUCAUCGUCUCUGGGUCUGGCGAUAAAACCGCACGGAUAUGGGACAUGACGGAGCGGACUCCCUGCAAAAUUUUGUCCAUCAACGAAGACACAGUCGAUGCAGGCGUCACCUCAGUAUGCAUCUCUCCGGACGGCCGCCUGGUCGCCGCGGGCUCGCUCGACACGAUCGUGCGAAUCUGGGACGUCGCAACGGGCGCGCUCGUCGAGCGCCUCAAGGGCCACCGCGACAGCGUGUACAGCGUUGCCUUCACACCCGAUGGCAAGGGCCUUGUCAGUGGCAGCCUCGACAAGACCCUCAAAUACUGGGAUCUCCGUCCGAUCUUGCGGGGCCCGGCGGGCGCUCUUACCCCGGGUAAGAACGGCGUUAAAGAGGGCGGAGAGAAGGGGAGCUUGUGCACGAUGAACUUCACGGGGCAUAAAGAUUAUGUGCUUUCUGUUGCGGUCUCGCAUGAUGGACAGUGGGUAGUGUCGGGUUCGAAGGACCGCGGGGUGCAAUUUUGGGAUGCGAAGACUGCGACGGCCCAUUGCAUGCUGCAGGGCCAUAAGAACUCUGUAAUUUCCAUCGAUCUCAGCCCAGCAGGUAGUGUCCUGGCAACGGGCAGUGGCGAUUGGCAAGCAAGAAUAUGUCUGUACAUCUUUGGAGUUACACCGCGCUAUAACGGACACGACAAAUCCUUUACUUCUCAUCGUUAUAUCUAA